CCUUCUCGACAGAGGAUCGGGUGCAGUUCGAUACCAUUAUGAAGGAACUGACUGUGCUGCACGAUAUCAUACAAGAGGCCAUGCCACUGCCCACAGCCCACUUUGACGCAGACCCACUGCUGAGAAGCCCUUCACUCCCCGCGGGUGGGUCUGGGACGGUGUUGUAG